UGUUAAAGGAAUGCUUCCUCUUUGUCCUUUGUUCUUUUUAACUAUACUGAGAAGUUUGCCCAAGUCAGAUUUCACAUGAGUCAAUAAAAUCUGUCCUGUGUCAUCAACCAUAGAAGGAUUUUAAAUCUGCUGGUGUUAAGUUAAUCUUGAUAAUUUUCUCUUUAAGAAUGCAAUUUGUUUUUAGGGUGAAUGCCAAAAUUCUAAAAGAUAUUGACUAUUUUGCACUUGUAACAUUUUUAUUGAGACACUCAUUGGUUCAUGUGAAGUCAUUUCUUUUUAUAAUAAAUGAAAAAUGUUUAGAUUAUUUUGUAAAGAUUUUUGUAAAGAUGCAUUCAUGUGAUAUUUUAUAUUCAUUUUAUAUGUUCAAUACAGGAAAACUGUGUAAGUGGAACACCUUUUCUACCUCAAUUUGUUUUUCCACUAUAAACUUGUUCUACCUACAGAGGUUUAUUUUAUAUUAACUUAAAUGGAUAAUAAGAUUUUUAAAAGUAAAGCAGUUUAUUUUUCAUUAACAAAGUGUCAUUACCCAGAUUUUAAAAAGUAUUCCAUGUGUGGAUGUGUACCAUUUACAGAGAUGUUUCACUUCACAGGUGUUUCUGUACUCAUAAAUUCUACUUAUGUUUUUUGUAUUCAUUCAGAUACUUCAGGUCAAUGUCAUAUACUGUAAAAGUAUUUUAAGCUUUUUAUUAAGAUUUCGAUCUAUUCUAAUUUUAAGUAAGCAAGAUUCCACAAAGAUGGAUUUUAAUGCCCAGGAUGCGACUGAAACUGACUGGGGAAAAUGCUUGUUUAUAUUUCAAAUGUUUCUACCUACUGCAAUUGCUAAUAUGGAACCAGCUAUGGCUAGAAUUGUUGAUAGUUUGAGCCAAACAUACACCAAGGAUAUAAAUGAAUCCUUGGUUGUUGUAUCAUUGACAAUCAACAUUGCGAACAUUCUUCGGGCAUACUUAUCACAAAGUCAGGCAAGCCAAGGAUUUAUUAUACUGGUCAACUCAAAAAUGGACUUAAAGAAAGGACUGAUCUUUGUGAUUUGCAGUAGCACCAUCACAGCAGGGAUUUUUCUUGUCAUUGGUCUUACACCAGUGGGAUACACCAUCCAAGUGCUAUUUCGUAUUACUAAUCAGGAACUUCAAGAAAUUCAAUUUGGCAUAGCAUCACUCUGUUUGAUGUCCGUGAUCCUAAAUACUGGGUCUGCAAUCCAUGGAUUAUUAUUGAAGAAAAAACACACCUCUUUUUGUCUCCUUGCUGAGUUUUUGAGGUUUAUCUCCAAAUUUGGGAGUAUUUUCUCUCUCAUGGCCACACCCUUAAUAACUAGAAGACCAAUCUUGAUACCAAUAAUAUCAGCAUAUGUAUCAGCUCUGGUUUAUCUUAUCUUCAGCUUUAUAGGAUAUAAAAUAUACUUGAUCAAUGAGCUACCUGUUGAAAGUACAAAAACACUGACAUACCAUCAAAUGGUUAAAUUAACACUUCCUCUAGGAUUCCAACAGCUCAUUGAAAAAUGUGAAACUUUUAUCCUCAGUUUAGUUAUUGCACAACUAACACCAUCUGAAUCUACACGAAGUAUGGCACUGGCAAACGUUCAUGUCCUCCAUGCAUCAUUUUAUUCAUUGCGAAGGAUAUUAGUCAGUAUUGCAACAAUGGUAUCUGCAUACCUUGCAUCUGGGAUGAACUCAUCGUUACAUUUUGACCAUGAACUAGUUAUCUGCACCUCCAUUAUUGCAUUUGUUUCAUUUAUUAUUUCUAUUUCAAUAUGCUGGAUUACUCCCAUUACAAGGGUUAUAUUUUUAUAUUUAUUUCACAUUUCUGUAGAUAAUUUUAUCGCAGUAAACUAUCCCUUUAAGUUAUACACAUUCUGGCCAAUUAUACAAACAUUUGCUAUGUUUUCCUUCGGAAUUUUACUGCAUAAGAAAGACACUAAAAUGUCAAUAGUGAGUUCCGCUUGCCAAGUCAUUACAUUGGGUUUUCUACCAUUUGCUUUGGAUUAUCUUGGAUUUGAUAUCUUACUGUCUUCAGUUGUGGCCUUGUUUACUGCUCAGACCACUACUGCUUGCAUACUUUUCUCAUACC